AUUGGCAAAAACAAAACACAAUCGCGCAGUAUCGGAUGUGUGACAUAUUGUUUACCAAAAACAAAAAAACAAUCAUGUUCAUAAUAUUAUAGCUAUAUUAUUUUUUUUAACCAUUCCUAAACAUUUGGUAUAUAAUUUAUAAAAAUUAUCAAGUGUUUUUUGAUAUUCGGAAAAUGGAUGGUCCUUUAGAACAUAGUGAUUCAGACUCAGGAGAAAGCUGGACUUUACUCGAGCCUACUACAACACUUGCCGAAGAUACUCUGGAAUUAAUAGAUCGUCCAAUAAAAAUUGAAAAAGAAAAACUGGAAGUUCACGAUAAAGAUGAAGACACAGAUGGUAUAUCCAUUAUAAGUGACAGUGAUCCUGACUCGGUUGCUCCUUGCCAGAUGCAUUUUGAAACUUUGUAUGAAGAAGACCAGGAACCAAAGACCCACUGUCCUUUGAAUUUAUCAUUCCCUGAACAUGAUGAUGAACAUAUCAGAAACAAUGAUUUUCUUGGAAUGGACACUGGAAAGCAUAAAACAUAUGUACACAGAAGAAACAAGAGAUUGAGUACGGUUUUGAACAUAAUUGUGCUCGGCAGUGUAAUUACAGCAGCGGGAGUGGCCAUUGGCCACAUGUGGGGAGCAAAAACUGACUGUUUGAUGAAUUCAACACCAAAUGUCAACAAUAUUUUGUCCAGCCUAUACAAAUUACAAGAAGAAAAUGCUUAUUUACGAAGCAAACUUAAAGAAUUGACGGCCAAUCAAAACUUCCAACUCAAAGGGUCUAAAAAUAACAGAUGCGCAAAAGUAUUUGAAGAAUCUUUAAGUUAUGAAAAAAAUUAUAAACCAACCAGAUGUGUUGAUAAUACAGACUUUUCUAUAAGAGUACAGAAUAGCAAUAAUAAAUGGAGUGAACCUGGCUCAGAGAGGGAGUUCAAAGGGAAUAUUGAUAAAUUAAAAAACAUUUAUCUCGAAAAUAAGCAUUGGUUGGAUGACGAAAUAGCCUUAAGACUUCAACAGGAAGAGCAAUCUCUCAAGAGACUGAGGCACAGUCGUCAAGCAACUAAAUAUAAAAAAAAUAAUGAAGAAAAAGAACCACAAAUAAAGACAGAAAAUAAUGAUAACUUUGCCAAAGGACCAAAUGAGCGAAAUGAAUCUGCUGUGAGAUUUGACACACCAAAAAUAAUAAGUUAUGCGGACUCGCUGAACGUUUCAAACAAUAGUGGAAAGAAAGAAAGCCAAUUUAAAGUUAACACCAACACAUCCAGUUAUUCCAGAAACAAAAAGAUUAAAAAGGAGAAGAUCAUCGAAAGCGGUUACGAGAAUCCUGUCAGCGAAGAAGAAUUGGUCAAGGACACCAGAUACAACGGGCCAAAAUAUAAGAGAGAGAGGAAAAAACAUGACCGUCAGAAGACAUACAAAAAACAGAAGAGGAGAAAUAAGUAUGAACAGUGGGAGAUGAAGGAGGGCUUCAUGAAGGACUAUGAUGAGCUCUCAGAAGCAUCUCAGGACAAGGUGACAGAUUCUCAAGAUCCCGAGAGAGUGGAAACCUUUGAUAAGAAAUGUGGAAGCAAUCAUUGUGACAAAAACAGUGAGACGAAAUUUGACAACAAGAAGACACAGAAGCAUAUGGAGAAUCGAGAGGGACAUGUGAAGAAUUCUAGAUCUUAUCGUGCUGAGAUGAGGAGGCUGGAAGAGGAGCUAUUUGGUGAAGAAGCAAACUCAGCUGGUUGGUACUUCCGCCGGAUGCAACGUAGGGAACAAUGCCGAGCCAAGGGCACCAACAACACCAACCAAAAGUUCUCCAAGCGUAAUAUGAAUUAUAAAAUGAAACACUAACUACAUUGAAUGCACCCCUCGGACCCACAGAGAAGGCUUUUAGAAAGCAUUUAGUUUAUAAAUUGAUGUGACAUUUAAUACUUAUUUCUGCUGUUUCAUAAUUACUCUUAGAUAUGCCUGCCUUCGCAGAUUUUAUUAUUGACAUUACUUUUAUAUUAAAAUAGUUAAUUUUUAAUAAUUUAUUUAUGAAGUUUGCACUAUCAACACAUAUAUUUUAAAUAAAUGUAUUGAUGUUAGAUUUUAAAUAGACGGUAGGUUUUCUGAUAUAAAAUUUAAUUGAUGAUUGGAAAUAAAACAAAGCAAAAUAGUGAAUGAAUUGUAUUCACGGUCACAGUAUUUACAUCGCCUGAUGGAUAUUGGCAUCCAGUGAUAUUUUAGUUUUUAAGCAAACAAAAUUCUAAGUGUUAGAAAAUAAACAAAGUUUAAUAUUAA